ACUCAGAGGAGUGGUUGUGAUUUUACUGUCUCAUACUUCUGAAUACCGGUUAUGAUGACAGCCGGUUUAACAUAUGACGCGCUGUCAUGAGAUUAACUAAAACGAGCACAUCGGAGUCGGACCGAACCCAAAGAAGAGUCAACAUCGUCUCGUGUGAAUUCCAACUUGAAUCAUAUUUUUUGCGGUUACAUGUUACAGGCUCAGCUGGCCCUGUCGUCUCCCUCUGCAUCUGGGGUGGGUCUGAGGCUAUGGUGCCCCAGCGGAAGGACUGGAUGUCAUGGUGGUGCACCGGGGAGAGGGAUUGAGAUUACUAGGAGAGAGGGUUCACAGGGGAAAUGGAUGGGGACAGGGGAGUGGAAAGAGAGAGGGCUGGAGCCGAGCCUUGGGAAAAGGCUGGGACCGAGCCUGGGUCGAGGCCUGCAGAGAGAGUUUGGAAGCUGGCUGUUCACCCUGCCUUUCCUGCUCCUUCUCCUCCUCCCCCCGGUGUUCCCCCAGUGCCCUGACAGCUGCCACUGUGUGUGGGAGAGCAGCAUGGUGCUAUGUACGGACGCUGGGCUCCGUGAGUUCCCCCAGGGCCUUCCUCCGGACACCGUCACACUACACCUGGAGAGAAACUACAUCCGCUCGCUCCCCGAGGGAGCUUUCAGGGAGCUGACCCACCUGAGGGAGCUGUAUCUCUCCCACAACCACAUCGACACCCUCUCCUCCGGGGCCCUGCGACACCUGAGCUCAGAGCUCCGUCUCCUGGACCUCUCCCACAACCUGUUACGCCAGGCCAGCCGGGACGAGUUUGGUUCCACGCGGGCCAAGACGCGCCUCUACAACAACCCGUGGCACUGCGACUGUACCCUGCAGGAGCUGAUGGAGACGUUAAAUCUAGAGCCGGAGACGGUCAACGGGAUCGUGUGUGAGAGCUCUGUGAGGAGCGCCGGGGAGGGGAGUCGCUGGGAGGAUCCAGGAGGGACAGCGGAGCACUCCGGUCAACCCCUGGUUAAGCUGCUUAACUCUGGGGUGAACUUCUGUAGUCUCCAGAGGAAGACAACGGAUGUAGCCAUGCUGGUGACCAUGUUCGUGUGGUUCUUCAUGGUCAUUGUUUAUGUGGUCUACUACGUGAGACAGAACCAGGCUGAGACCAGAAGACAUCUGGAGUAUCUGAAGAGUUUGCCCAGUCCGAGGAAAACACUCACGGAGACAGACACGAUAAGCACUGGUCUCUGAACUAUUUAUUUAUUGCCCUCAUUUAACAAGGUAAGUUAUUGAGAACACAUUAUUUUUAACAAAAACAACCCGACCAAGAGAAGGCCCAAGAGAAGGCCUAAGACGAGGCCCAAGAGAAGGCCUAAGACAAGGCCCAAGAGAAGGCCUAAGACGAGGCCCAAGAGAAGGCCUAAGACGAGGCCCAAGAGAAGGCCUAAGAGAAGGCCCAAGAGAAGGUCCAAGAUAAGGCCUAAGAGACUGCCUAAGAGAAGGCCUAAGAGAAGUCCCAAGAGAAAUCCCAAGAGAAGUCCCGACAUAAGGCCUAAGAGA